GGCUCCCAGGAGAUGCCCGGCGUCCGGCUCUCCCCUCGCUCCCAUUGGCCUACCGGGGGUCGCCUAAGGUGCUGCUGCGGCGGCUGGGUGCGCUAGCCGCCAGGAGGGGGGCGCCAGGCUGGGCUGCCUGGAGCAGCGGCAGAAGCGGGGCUGGCUGGUUGGCGAGGGAGCUUUGCAGCCCGGCGGCAGCGGUCGUGACUGCGCCCUGCCCAGCGAUGAGCAGCCCCGAAGUCCCGGCCCGGCCAGAAGCGGCUGCGGUGCCCCGGAGCUAGGGCUGCCUUGCCCGCGGGCCAGCGGCUCGGAGCUCAGCAGCAGCCGGGCGUGGAGAAGAUGCGCCCCCGGCUGGCACGGCCCCGGUGCGCCCUGGGCGCAGCGCGCUGAGCCAGGCGCGGCCGGUUGCUGCCCCGAGUGGCCUGGUCCCCCGCUGCUCCUGCGCUGAGCCGGCAGGCGGCCCCGGAGGAGCCGGGACAAUGUACGCGGGGCGCAAGAGGAGGAAGCCGGUGCAGAGGACAGUGAAGCUGCCGCCCCCAGAAGGUGUGAAGUCGAACCCCUCCAAGCGCCAUAGGGAUCGGCUGAACUCGGAGCUGGAGCGGCUGGCUAGCUUGUUGCCUUUCCCUGAGGAGGUUAUCUCUACCCUGGAUAAACUCUCCAUCCUGCGCCUCAGCGUCAGCUAUCUCAGGGCCAAGAACUUCUUCAACAUUGCCCUGAAGAGUCACUGCUCCAAAGCGGGAGCAGAAAGGAAUGGCGACCAUGACAAUGGGAGGACCUUGGGAUUGGCUGACAGAAUCAUGCCAGAGGGUGAACUGCUAUUACAGGCUCUUAAUGGCUUUGUGCUGGUGGUGACGUCUGAAGGGUUGAUAUUUUAUUCCUCGCACACGAUUCAAGACUAUCUUGGAUUUCACCAGACAGAUGUCAUGCACCAGAGCGUGUUUGAGCUGAUCCACACCGAGGACCAGCAGGAAUUCAGGCGCAACCUUCACUGGGCCCUUAACCCGCCUCCCACUCCUGAGAGUGAACCAUCGCCUGAUGGUGACAAAAGUAUCAGCUCCUCCGUUAUCACUUACAAGCCCGGUCAGCUGCCUCCUGAGAACUCUUCUUUCCUCGAAAGGAGCUUUGUGUGCCGAUUCCGCUGCCUCCUGGAUAAUUCAUCUGGAUUCCUGGCUUUAAAUCUUCAGGGCAGGUUGAAAUUUCUCCCCGGCCAGAAUAAAAGGUCUGAGGAUGGGUCCCCGCUGCCUCCCCAGCUGGCUCUCUUUGCCAUCUCCACUCCCUUGCAGACCCCCUCCAUCCUGGAGAUCAGAACCAAAAACAUGAUCUUCAGAACCAAGCACAAACUGGACUUCACCCCCGUGGCGUGUGAUGCCAAAGGGAAGAUUGUGCUGGGCUAUACGGACGCGGAGCUGCAGGUGCGCGGCACCGGGUACCAGUUCAUCCACGCCGCUGACAUGCUGCACUGUGCCGAGAAUCACGUCCGAAUGAUAAAAACGGGCGAGAGCGGCCUGACCGUGUUCCGUCUCCUGACAAAAGAAAAUCGUUGGAAGUGGGUCCAAUCCAACGCUAGACUCGUCUAUAAGAAUGGCAAACCUGAUUACAUCAUCGCCACGCAAAGGCCGCUUGUAGAUGAAGAAGGAGGGGAGCACCUUCGGAAGCGUUCUAUGCAUCUUCCUUUUACCUUUGCUACAGGAGAGGCACUGUUAUAUCAAAUGCCCUACCCGCUUCCUGGCUUCCCUGACCCUUUCCACAGCAAAGGGAAAAACAACAGAUCCAAAAAGAAUUCUCACAGUAAAGGGGGGAGGUCCCAGAAGGACAAUGUAGACCCAAACUCUCUCCUGGGAGCCAUGAUGAGGCAAGAUGAGGCUGUUUAUGUCUCCCACCCAGCUUCUACUCCCAAACAUUCCUUCAGCAGCAAUCUCUUCAGCCACCUGGGAGAAUCUGGCUUAUUUGGGACUGGAGGAGAGAACUGGAAUGCGGUUGCUAAUCCAUUGUCCUCUGGGGAAAAUGGUCCCAAGCAGGAGCUAGAUGAUUUGAGGCAAGGGGACCCAGUGUUGACCACACUGGAUUCUCUCUCGAUUAGCAGUGAUGAAAACUGUUCAAAUACUGAGCUGUUUAGUGCUUUGGAGGGUCUAGGGCUGAAUGCGGAGGAUCUGGAGCUCUUGCUGCUGGAUGAGAGGAUGGUGAGGAUAGAAAUGGACUUGGAUUAUAGUCCGUCUCUGAACGAUCUAUUAACAAACAAUGAAAUCCUUUCCUAUAUUCAUGGUUCGCUUGUAAACAAAGGUGAGGAUGAGCCCACUGGGGAGCAGCAGGCCUGUUCCUCGUCUGACCCAGGCCAGAAUCCAAGCAAAGACCCAGUGGUGUAUCCAUCUCAGAUGCCAGAGAAAGGAUCCCAGUGCUCACCCCAGCCUCCGCCACAAAACCAGCAGUCGCUGAUCUUGCAUCUCCCUCAGCAAAUGCAGCAGCACAUUGUGACCCAAAACCAGCAGAGCAGCCAGCCGUGGCCCUCAGUUCUCAGUCAGCCGAGACCCUCGCUGGUGAAGCAGGCUGCUGAGGAGAAGCAGCAGCCUAGCAGCCUGCAGUGGAGGCCACCAGCAGGAACAGCUGAGCUUGGCCUGUCUCAGUUUGUACAGUCACCUCUUGGUCAUCAGCAGCAGAGUCCACAAUGGGUCAGACCUCAUGGAUCAAACCAUCUCCAUCAACCCAUAGAAAUCCCUUACCAACAUAAGCAACAUGGGCAGCAGCUGGAGAGCAACCUCCACGCAGUGCAGGGAGCACAUCAACCACUCCUGCAGCAAAGCCAGCCCUGCAUCCAACAAAACCGGGUCCAGGCGCACACACAGCCGCAGCUGAAACAAAAACACAACCAGCACUUGUUAGUGAAUGGGCUGUGCAGCCAUGACUCAUCCAACCAGCCAGCCCUAGGGGGUAACACAUGGCAGGGCUAUAGCUACAGGCCUGCAAAUCAGCCACCCAGGGGGCUCCCAGCACAGACCGAUAGCUAUGGUGUCGAACAGGAGCUGAGCUCCCAGCUCUGCCCAGCUCAGGUGCCAAACACAGGAGUGUCCACCAUUCAUUUUUACCUGAACGGGCUGUCCAGCAUGGAGAUAGGAGAUAGAGGGGCAUCCCAAGAAGAGAUGACUCCGUAUUCGGGUUUUGUCCCCCCUUCCUCAUAUCAGAUCAUUUCUGCAAAGCAGCUGACCCCUGUUCCUUCAGUGUCCCAGUACCUGUGUCCAAAUUCAGCCUUGGAUCACUUUGUGAAUAUCCAUGGACAACGGGAAGCCUCCAUGCACUCUUACGGGACACACAUGCCGUUAUUAUGCCAGGAUAAUAUCCAUAAGCCCGAAAAUGAUUGUGUUUUGACCAACGCUAAUGUGGGAUACCCCCGAGACUGCCUCCUGCCCAACAGAAACCCUGCUUCCUCAGACGAGCUGCAUUCCUGCACAGAACUGCUUCAAAAUCAUUCUAAACCCUCCAGCAGUGGCUUUUAUCUCUAAGAGUGGAUGAUUAGAUUGCCCAAACCUGGAUUAUUCGGACCAUAUGGAGAAAAAGCUGUGUUUAAAGUUAUGGAAAACAAGCAGCUAUUUUUUUCUGGCUAUUUUUAUCAACCUCACAUGGUAGUGAUUGUGACAGAGAGGGCUUGGCCAGGCGUGAGAAGGAACUUUACAUGGUGGAGUUUAAUUUUCACAAAGAUAUUACCAAUCUGAGCAUUGAUGUUCCACCUACAACAGUCUACUAGAGAGGCCGUGGCAGGGGGAAACAACUUUUAAUUCUUCACAACCCCUCUGUAAUGCAUUUGUAAAAAUAGUCAGGGCUUGAGCUAUGUACACAAAGUCUCAUUUGUGAGAUUAUCUUGGAAUGGCUGAGAGUUUUUUGUGUUCUUUGCUUCAUCAGUUGGGAGUUUCCAAAUGUCAGGGCCCUAUCUAUUUUCUUUCAUGUUUCCCUGGUAGGGUUAUCCAUUGCAGAAAGGCAAAGACAUCCAGCUACAAAGGAAAAUCGGCUUGGAAAUAUCUUGACCCAGCCUCAUCUCUUUCUUUUGUAGCAGUCUUUUAAAUUGAAUACAGAAUUAAUGUUUUGCUGUAGAAAACUACAUUUUAACAUGAACAAAGACAACCGUGUUGAAGAUGUGACAUUGACAUAACAAGUCUUGCACUUUGAUGAAAAGAGUUCUCUAUUGCACUACACUAAUUUUUAGUUCUACUGUUACUUAAGAUUGUUGGGUUGGGUUUUUUUUUUGUUUAAACACAUUUUAUCAGUCUCUACAAUUUAGGACAUUUUUGUUUCUGUCAUUGAGCUCAGAGGUUCAACAGUGUAGAUAUUGUUUUGGUGAAGCCACAUCACUGUAAAAAAGGCAAGAUGUGGAAUUUCACUAACUGUGCACAGAUUGUAAUGAAUCUCUUCCUGAUGGGUUUGCCAAAGCUUUUCGGUUUGUGACAGUUUGCUUUUAAAAAAAACCCACAUUUCCAUAUGACGUGGUUGACCAUGAAACCAAUCACGCUCAUCAGAAAGUAACUGCCAUGAACGAAUACCUGAGCUGCUGCUUUUCCAAACAUAGCUCUAAAGUCACAUUCCACUAAGUCUGCAAACAACUGACCUAUAUUCUCAUAUUACAUGGGUCCUUUCACAGCCAGACUUCAACAUUCAUAAGAGACAUUAUCAGUAACUGAUUCCACAGAUUAGAGCUUUAGGUAUUGUAGUAAAUAUCACUGAGUGUCGUUUUGUUGUCUUCUGUAUGAUAUGCCCAAGUUGGUUGGUUUUGAUUCUCAGAGUACCUGCCAUAUAUUCUGUCUGAAAGUGGAUCUAAACCACUAAGACUAUUCAAAGCCACGGGAGCUCAUGUGUAGGUACUUAACUCUAAAAAAUUAGGAGCAGACUGGCAUAUAAGCCACAUGUUGUAUCUGUGCCUAAAAAGAUUGCAAAUAAGUAGAGGACUUGUCUAGUUCAGAGGAAGAGUCAGAUUACUGUACAGAGAAGUUUGCAAUACGAUAAAGAAAAUAAGUAUAAUGAUACUUAAUUUUAAAUACUUGACAUAGUGAUAUUUUCCCACAGAAGAAAUACAACCAAUACAUAUGUAUAUAAUAUGAGCCAACAGAUAUAUUUUUAUGCUACUCCAGCAGAGAGAAACAUAUCUUAUCUUCCCAAGGUAUUCAAGUAAUGUCCUUUGGAACAAGAAAAAUAGACUACUCAAAGGAUCAGAAAUUAUGGCUACCUGUUGUCAGAAACCUACCAUAAAAGAACAUUCUUUCUGUGUGAUCAGCCUUGAUUUUGCAUUAACCUUACAUCUUUUUUAUUUCAAUAAAAGGUUUUGGCUCUUA